GACUCCGGACUGCAUCAUUCCAUAUUCCAAAGGGACCAAUGCAAUACCAAAAACCAAAAAAAAAAAAAAAAAAAUGGCUUCUCUAGCCGGACACUAUCUCCGCCGGCGUAUUUCUCAAAUCUCAGCUCAACUAAAUCACAGCAAAAUUAAGUGCUUGUUUCCGAGUCGUGGAACUCGGUGGUUCAGCAAUGGCACUGAGUCGUCUCGGACCGAGUUCCCGGGUGAGAACGCGUACGAUCUCUUAGGAGUUUCGGAGACCAGCUCGUUCGCCGAAAUCAAAGCUUCUUUUCGCAAAUUGGCUAAAGAAACUCACCCGGACCUUGCCGAGUCGAAGAACGAUUUGGCUGCUUCUCAGCGGUUCGUGCAAAUCCUUGCGGCCUAUGAGAUUCUUUCAGAUUCUGAGAAGAGGGUCCAUUAUGACAGGUAUCUGUUAUGGCAGAGAAGGCUUUUGCAGAAACAUUCUGGACAAGGAUCAAGGUUAUCAACAUAUAGAUCCCAUAUAACAACAUUUAAGCAGAUGGAAGUUGUUGAAUGGUUAAAGUGGUAUAGAUAUGCUAUAAACGAUAUAGUGUCAGAGAAGAAGGUGGUUGUUGGAACAGGCUAUUUUGAUGUGCUUGAAAGGGAUUUUUAUUCAGCCAUACAUGCAGCGUUCUAUGGCCCAAUAAUUGAGUCAAUGGAUCUUCUUCCUGACCGCUUUGAAGCUGAGGAGAGGUCUGUCUAUGAAACUCCUGAGGUUUUGCACUUGGUUUCAGGGCGUGAUCUGUUUGGGAUGGUCUGCUUGGUCAAUAGGAUUCCUGAAAUAUCUUUUGCCAGCAAUGAAAAAUUAACUUCGUUUGCAUCUAUAGAUUCAGGCAUCUGUCCUACCUUUCAGAAUAUGGGCAUCCACAUGAGCUCUGAAAGCAUGGAUGAUUUUGGAACUCCUCUGAUGCAAUCUAGGAAUUUUAUCGAGCACACUUCAGAUGCAUAUAAAGAUCUAGAGUUGCAUGUAUCUAGAAGGGUGGUUGCUGUGGCCACUAGAGUGCCUCCUAAAAGCCAUUGCGACGAUUUACAGAAUGAAGAUGCUCAAGAUCAGAUACAUGUAUUUCUUAGCUCACAUGAAGAUCCAUCCAUGCCUACUAGCGAUGAGUUCUCCACAGAUCAGUUUUCUACUGGUGCAGUUGGAUCAAAGAUUCCGCUGGGAACUAUAAUUGGACUGGGGACUAGCCCAGAAGAAGGGUCUUGCUUUGUUUAUGAUAGCAAUGGUACAAACACCCAUGUGAUUAUUAAGCACAGAACAUUGCUGGUGAAGCACAUGCACUGGUAUUGUGUGCAAGAAGAAGUUUCUGUUUGUGAGUGUAGAUGCAGUAGAGCCCGUUUACCCCCGAGCAAAUUUUGGCUGUUCGAGCCUCGAUGUGGCAUGCAUGACAUUGGUGGUUGGUAUGUUGAAACAUUUGGCAGAGAUAAGAGAGGUCGGACUGUCCCAUCACAAAGGUAUUGGGAUGGCUUUGAUGCAAGUGAAGAAUUUGACAAGAGGCUCCAUCCAGCAAUGUAUUUACUUGCUCUUGCCUAUAGAACUCUAGAUCUUGAAGAUUCAAAAAGAAGGCAACAAACAAUCAGGGAUGUUUUUGAAGGAAAGCUGUUUAGAAUUCUCAGUUGGUGCAAGAAAAUUGUUUAGGAUGGAUACUACGCAGGUUUCUGACUCUAUAAAUGCUUCAUUUCUGAGGUGAAAGGACCCUGUUGAUUUAGGAUUCAUAUUCAAUUACACAAGAUCUUCAGAAAGCUAAGUUGCACUGGCAGCUAUUUAUGCAAAAGAAAAAAUCUCUUAUCCUGCUAUUAGGGUUAACAAAGAUGACCCUUCGGAGUUGGUACCAUUGAAGAACAACUUUUUAGAAUAUCCAUACAUCACUGGAAGGGACUUUCUGACAAUAUGAAGGGAUCAGCUAUCAGCAAUGGUAGAAUGCUUGUAAUCCGUAUCUAAAUUGACGAAAAGGGAAACCGGUGACCAAGCACUUCUGGCUCCAACAGCAGAGACCGAACAACUGCCAGGUUGUCAAGGACAUGUCUGAAAAGGGGGUUGUCGCCCUCUAGGCAUCCUGCCCACUAAUGGAACUAUGAAGGGGGCAAGUGAACAGGUAGUAUCUUUACCCCCAUUGGUUUGGUUUAGGGUGGGGGGGAUGUUAAGACUACCACUUGCGCUAUAGGACCGGGGAUGAAGCAGAGCAGGAAGGAAGCCAACACUAUUCAGGCUAUAAACUGAGUUUAUGGUUCCCGUUUGAUUCAUGCAAUUGUAAAGUAGCGUAAUGACUCUUUGUGAGUCAAUCAUCCAACCUUUGCUGAA